CGUAGACAUCAAAAUUCAUCGGACGCUGUGGCUUUUAUAUAAAUGUAGCUCCAAUGUUUUCUUCAGUUUAGUGAAGCGAUUGAUGUGAAUAAAAUAGUACCGAAUAUACUUAGUCAACGCGGCGGUAUAUGCAUUUGUGAUUUGAACUGUGUAACUGCAUAAGGUUGGAGGCUAGAAUUCGUUCCAUGUUGACUUGAGUGCUUCGCAAUUAAAAACGGAAUCGCGCAGAAUUUUUGGGUGGCAGCACUGAUGAAGGAACUUCCCCCAUUAGUUUGACAGAUAAAGAAAGUUCGAACGAAAAUGAGUAAAACUACAUUUUUAGUGGUCAUAGCACUAGUCAACGUAUGCAGCACUUUAGGUACGGAAAGAACAGUUUACCGGGCAGGUGACGAGUUGGUGGAAAUAACUCGUAGCAAAGUGGCGAUUAAUUCACCGCUAAAUUCUUAUUAUGCGUACAGUAGUGGAUCGCAGCAUGCUCAAGGAUGCGGACGAAACCCAUGCGGUGUAGGAGCAGUGUGUCAGGAAACUACUGGAGGAAGACCUGUGUGUUCGUGUCCCGUUGGAUACAGUGGAAAUCCUCUAACAAACUGCAGAAGAUCUGAAUGUUUGGACCACACCGAAUGUCGGGGAGAUCAAGCCUGUCGGAAUGGGAAUUGUGUAAACCCUUGCUCAGGAGUAUGCGGCCUUAAUGCAAAUUGUGAUGUCAGAAAUCACGUUCCUGUAUGUAGCUGUCCUAGAAAUAUGGCCGGAGAUCCAUUUGUGAGCUGCCGUCUCAGGGACCCAGAGGAACAAUGCCGCCCUAGUCCAUGUGGAUCGAAUACCAAAUGUGAAGUAAUAAAUAAUGUUCCAACAUGUUCUUGCUUAUCAGGCUAUAUUGGUUCCCCCUUGACAGGAUGUCGUCAUGAAUGCGAAACCGACGCAGAAUGCGGAGGACUGGAAUUUUGUUUGAAGUUUAAGUGUUCAAAUGCAUGCUCACAAUGUGGCAAGGGAGCCACAUGUGCACGAGUAACAAAUCAUCGAUCAGUUUGCGAGUGCCCAAAAGGCUACAUAGGUAGUCCCUAUACAGAAUGCAGGGCCGAAUGUUAUGGCGACAUUGACUGUCCAGCAGGUAGACCUGCAUGUAUUUAUGGGGUUUGUAAGAACCCGUGUGAUGGAUCAUGUGGAGUAAAUGCAGAUUGUAACCUUCGCGGCCUCACGCCAGUGUGCAGUUGUCCACGUGAUAUGACAGGGGACCCCUUUGUAAGCUGUCGACCAUUCACGAAAGAAGAUUUGUGUAUUCCAAAUCCAUGUGGAACAAACGCAGUUUGCACUCCAGGAUACGAUCGAACCAACCGUGAACGACCAGUGUGUACUUGUCCACCAGGAUAUACAGGAAACGCGUUAUCGAAUUGUGUUAGAGGUGAAUGCCAAAGUGAUAGCGAUUGCGCGGAUCAUAGAGCAUGUAUUAAUUAUCAAUGCGUCGAUCCAUGUCUGGGUCAAUGUGGAACAGGGGCACAAUGUCAAGCUAAAAGACAUUUGGCUAUAUGUACCUGUCCAGCAGGCACAGAUGGAGAUGCAUUAGUGGCUUGUAGAUUUACAAAAAGCUACCCUGUUGCUCGUUAUCACUAAGAUACGAUGAUUGAUAAAUUAUGUUUCAGUUACGCUAAUAUUCUUCUAAAAUAAUAUUCUUAUUAAAAAUCAUUUCAGAUUCCUUACAAUAAAGUGUAUUUGUGGAUUUUU